UCGCGGUGCAACCCGGAGCAGGUCCUUUCGGCGGCGGAGCCUGAGCGGAGCAGAAUGACUGAGUGGGAGAGUGUGCCCGCGGUCGCAGAGACCCCAGAAAUCAAGCUGUUUGGCAAGUGGAGCACUGACGAUGUUCAGAUCAAUGAUAUUUCCUUGCAGGACUACAUCGCUGUCAAGGAGAAGUACGCCAAGUAUCUCCCCCACAGCUCCGGCCGUUAUGCCGCCAAACGUUUCCGCAAGGCCCAGUGUCCGAUAGUGGAGCGCCUGACCAACUCCAUGAUGAUGCACGGCCGCAACAACGGCAAGAAGCUGAUGACUGUCCGCAUCGUCAAGCACGCUUUCGAGAUCAUCCACCUGCUGACUGGCGAGAACCCACUGCAGGUGUUGGUGAAUGCCAUCAUCAAUAGCGGGCCCCGGGAAGACUCCACCCGUAUCGGGCGAGCUGGCACCGUGAGGAGACAGGCUGUCGACGUGUCCCCCUUGCGGCGCGUCAACCAGGCUAUCUGGUUGCUGUGCACUGGGGCCAGAGAGGCUGCAUUCAGGAACAUUAAAACUAUUGCAGAAUGCUUGGCAGAUGAGCUCAUCAAUGCUGCUAAGGGCUCUUCGAACUCGUAUGCCAUCAAGAAGAAAGAUGAGCUGGAGCGUGUGGCCAAGUCCAACCGUUAAUAUCAUCAUGUCUGAUUUCAUUGUCUAAUAAAAGUACUUGAAAGAUA